AUGGUUCACUCCAGACUGUGCGGUUGUAGUGAACAGAGGCUGUACUUGGCGUUCGCGUCGCUGGGUGUCCGCAGCCACAGCUCCUUGCGAACAGUUGCCGCGGGCACUCGACCUCAGUACCAGCCGAUCCCGAGCAGUCGACCAGCUUGGCGGCUUUCGAAACUAGCCUGCCGACGCUACUCCGUGACGCAUUCGGGCUGUGCAAGUCGUCUCGGAACACGAUGCUGUGCGGUAGUGCGACAGGAAGCGGCUUCGCAACGUGCUGUGUUGGUCGGUCUCGAGGCCGCCGACUUUCGCCACCCACUGGAUGCGCUUGCAACGCGCCAAAUGGACUUUUUGACACGAAUCACCGGUUUAGGUGCACUCAUUCGGAGGGUUAUUGGCCCCGUGGCGGAGCAGGUGCUUGAAAUAGAAAAUAUCUCGUCAGGUGUUUUAGUUGGCCCCGAGCAGCUACCCUCGUUGUAUGCUCUGCUCACCGAGGCUUGUGAGAUUCUGCAUAUCGACGUUCCUGACCUGUACAUUCGUCAAAACCCGAUACCGAACGCGUACACCCUCGCUAUUAAUGGACAGCGUCCGUUCAUCGUGCUGCACUCGGCGUUGCUGGAUAUGGGACUGACGGCAUCCGAACUGCAGACCGUCAUCGCGCACGAGCUGGGCCAUCUCAAGUGUGAGCACGGAAUCUGGAUCACGACGGCGAACCUGCUUCUACUCGCUCUGGGACAACUGGGGGAACUCGGUCGAUCACUUGCAACCAUGUUGGGUCGUCGUAUUUUCAGCUGGCUGCAGGCUGCCGAGCUCAGCUGUGACCGUGCCGCGCUGCUUGUAAUGCAGGACCCUCGCCUCGUUAUCAGUGUGCUCAUGAAGCUGUCAGGUGGUUCGGCGACGUGGGCUUCGGAAAUGAAUCCGGAUGCAUUUCUGCAACAGGCUACUCGCUUGGAUUCGGUGAGUCGAACUCGUCUCGGUCGCCAAGUUCGACAACGGAUGCAGCGCAGCGCGACGCAUCCGUUGCCGGUGGUGCGCGCUCGCGAGCUCGAUCGCUGGGCGCACUCUGUGGAGUACCAACGACUUUUGGCUGGGGGCCAGCGGCGCGCCAGCCGCGAUCAGAUGAGGAAAGCGGAAGUGGGGAAGCGAGACCCACCUCCUAAAUCCUCCUGA